UGUUGUAUUGUUUCCUACAAGUAAUGUUCGCCUUAGUUCUAUCUUUCUUGUAUGUAUUUUCCAAUUUUAAUCUUCUUCAUCUACCAUUCGGUUCUUUAGAUUCAGAUUUCCUUUGAGAGAUAUCAUGGUUUAUAUCCAGUCCGGGGCUUCAAAUCGGUCAUAUUCUACCCUUGGCUGUGGUAGGAGGGAUUCUCCAACUUUUAUUGAUGAUUCCUUUACUCCCGUAUCUGGAAUUGGAAUCGCCAUUCCAUAUCCGACUUUUCAAAGAACAUUUUUUUUAGAUCCUACACCUCCACAAAGUCCUGUGGGACCAAAGUUCAAAUGUCCCUCAUUUGCUCCUUCAUCAACAAUACAAGGACAAUACAAUCUCAUAACAUUCGACCAACUUCCGAAAUGGAGUCAAGAUAAUCCUCAUAUCCAAUCCGGAUAUCGACCAAUUUCUCAUUCUACUUCUACCUGUCUUCAUUCCUGUUUUCAAAUCCAUAAUGAAACUUUCAACAUUUGGUCUCAUUUCAUUCCAUGCAUUUUCUUCAUUAUCCUUGAAGGUACAAUAAUAUAUUACCUCAAUACUCGAUAUCCCCAUGCUACAACUAAAGAUCAUAUCAUUUUUGCAUUUUUCAUUUCCUGCGCAACCAUAUGUUUAGGCAUCUCAACAAUUUUCCACUCUGUCAUAUCUCAUUCUCGAAAAACUCGCGAUCUCUGGCUAAAACUCGAUUAUGCGGGUAUUAUUUUCUUAAUCAAUGGAUGUUUUAUUUCCGCUGUAUAUAUGUCUUUCUUCUGCCAUCAAAUUUUACAAUAUGCUUAUUGGGGAAUGGUAAGUCAUUGUCAAUCUUUCUGUUCUAAUAAUCUUUCUUUACUCAUUAAGUAUUAGAUACUAUCAAUGUCAAGCACGGCAUUGGUUUUUCUUCUCCUACCAGCUUUCCAAGGUCAUCAAUGGCGUUCGUUUCGUGUAACGGCUUUUUGUGCAACAGGUGUUUCGGUUCUCAUACCUUUCGUUCAUGCAAUUGCACAAUUUGGAUGGAAGAAAGCGAUGAAUCAAUCGGGUAUGCCAUAUUAUUUCGCGGAAGCUCUAUUGCUAUUAAUCGGAGUUAUUUGUUUUGCUGUAUGUUCAUCUCUUCUCUUCUCACAACCUAACCAAUAUCUCAGGUUUCGGGGGAAAAAUAAAAACUAAUCUAAGAUAAAAUAAAUAGAAACGAUGGCCCGAAUCGUGCAUACCUGGCCACUUUGAUCUCCUAGGUAAUUCACAUCAGAUUUUUCAUCUCUUGGUUGUUUUUGCUCUGGUUUUGCAUUUGCUGGGUCUUUUAAAGGCGUUUGAUUAUAAUUAUGGGAGGGGGGAUUGUAGGGGGUUUGGUUUGUAAGUUUGGUGUAUGGUAAGAUAGUAGGAUUUUAUAUGAAGGAAUGAAUGGGUUGUUAAGGGAGAUAAAUGGGGGUAGAUGGGGAUAGAUGGUGGUGGUGUAUUUAUUGGGUUGGAUGGUGGUGGUUUGGGAUUGUGUUUAUGGGAUUGUGGGUUUAUGGGUUUAUGAGGUUGUAGUAUAAUGAUAAUGAUAAUGUUGAUAGUGUUAAUAAUGGGUUUAUGAGGAAGGAAGAAAGAUAUGUUAAUUGGAUUUUGGAUUUUGUAUAUGGGACCAGGACUGGGAAUGGGGAUA